CCCUGUUAGCCUCCAGGAAAGCUCUGAGGCUGGGGAGAGCAGCUGAGCCAAAGACGAUGAGAAGUCUGCUGGCACCACUGAUCUUGGCUCUGGCCCUGGCAGUGCUCUGCUGUUGUGAAAAAGAUUCCCAAGACCCCUUAGGAUCUCCUAAUGCUGCCAGCAUCAAGAUUAAAAGGGAAGUUGCCAAUGCCUUUAUGAGAAGGCAGAAGAGAUCCAGCAUACAUGAAUGGUACUUUGAGCAUUACAAAGCCCCAAUGGAGCAGAUCUAUGAGUAUUGUGAAAACCGUCCUUCCUGUAUCUUUCACUUUCAGCAAGUAGGAUUUCCCACGGCCUACAAUCGUUACUUUGGACGAUACUAAGGAUGAGACAGUCACGUCCCUCGUGUGGCUCAGGACCUCUAUGAAUUCCCCAGAAGAAAGACAUUUGUGGAUGUGAAGGAAAAGGUAUAGCCUGGGGCCUUCUGCAGUUCUGUCCCUUAGCCAACAGAAACAUUACGGCAAAAAUUACCCUACUUGCCUAGCGUUCUUUAGCUCUCUUCCGUUCAUCGAGAAUGUUUCUCUUCAUUAGUCUUUUGUGCAAUUUUGAGCUUCAUUAGAGAUGGCUGAGAAGAUUCUGUCUUACUUCUUUCUUUUGAAUCCCCAGGAUGCUUUAUGUGAAAAAAUGGUUAUUCCUUUCAAGAAACCCGAUGUAUGCCUUGGAAACAUAGCAAGACAUUUUGUCCUCUUCCAAAAAUGCAGGGGGGUUGUAGAAGGAGAACGCCACAACAUGUAUAAAUGUGAUGGAUUUGAUUCUGAGGAUCUGAGAAGAUGGGGGGACUGCUAUCUCCUGAUACAAGUGACAGGGAAAGUUCAGUAUCUUCAGAUAGAAUGAUUACACUAAGUAUGUGCCAAUGUAGGAUCAUUUUGUAAGGAUGGUAGUAUAAAUACUAUUACACAGCCAGAAAUCAGAUUCCACUAUACUCUUCUGAUUAUUCUAUUACAAAAUCUGCCUGUAUAGCAACAACAGAUGAAUGCCAAAAGAUGCAUUUGAGGAGUCCAUUUAGAUGAGCCCUUUCAUUUGUAUGCUACACUCAGUGACUGUAAAAGGUGAAUUGAAAAUCUCUUGAUUUCUCUAGAAUUUAUUUUUGGUAAAACUGAUACGCCUAAGCAAAAAAAAAAAAAAAAAAAAAAAAAAAAAAAAAAAAAGUCCCUUGGUGAUACUUUGUCAUUUAUGCUUGAAAUGAAAAGCACCAUAGCAGCUCCAAAAAAAAAAAGCCAAAAAAAAGAAGACUUUAUGAAAUAAACCAAAAAAAUAAUCAUUUCAAGAAUGGGUUGAAGUUGGGUCAGCAUUUGCUCUAUCUCUGGUCUCUUUAUACAUACAUAUCUUUUCCCCUGUUCACUACUUCAUUCUGUCUCUCUAUGAAUAUUAUGCAUUAGCAGUUUUCUGAAAAAUCUCCUUUAAUAUCCUGUAUUAGCUUUCAUGCUCUGAGAGGUAGAUGGAGGGUGCCAUCUCAAAAGGCAGGGACUACUGAGCCUCAAGGGACUCAGAAAGAGUAAAUCUCUCUGGCUGCAUGUUAGCUGGUAUAGCCAUUCUUAGCUGUUGAGUGUAAUAAACACUGCUUAUGUAAAGCA